CGCAGAUCUCCUAUGAGAGCCGAAAUGCGCAAUACAUCGAACAAACUGCCUCCCGGUUAUUGAUAAGCCGCUCCACCACAGACCGCAGCAAUGUGGUUCUUGGAGCACGAGAGCCUCUUUGGAGGGAAGCGCGUAUGGCUGCGCCCGGGGUCACAGCAGCUCUUCGGUCGGACCAGGUCUGCUGAUAAAGAUGGCCCACAGGGGAGGAACUGGAAGAUUGACAACAAGGCGGUGUCGCGAAAGCAUGUCAUGCUCAAGGUCUACGAGGUGGCACCAGAGGACGGCACCAAGCUUCACAAAAGGUCGCAAAUCGAGGUUACUGAUCUCAGCUGCCGGCAAGGAACGACAAUUGAUGAGAAGAAUACGCUGAAGAGCCAGAAGGCAGAAGAUGGGACGGUUACAUACAGUAGCGAGAUACUGAAGGGAACAGAGCAUACCAUUCGGUUGGCGCAAGGCUAUCCGCCAUUCAAGAUUGUCUGGCGCCCAAUGGUGUGUACCUAUGCGUCCAAGGAGUCGAGGGACGGCAAAGCGCGUAGCACGCAAUUACACUCUCUCGAUAUCAAGACGACAACCGAUUUCGUAUUCGACAAGACAACCCAUGUUGUAUCAGCGAAACGCAACCUGCCCAAAGUCCUCUCGGGCCUGACGUCUGGCAAACACAUUGUCACUGCAGAAUUCCUCGAAGCAAUUCUACGUGUGGCAACAGCAUCGGUCGACGAGGAACAAAACUAUAUACCUUCAAAACUGGAAGAGGACUUUGACAGUUGGUGGCCAGCUGAGAAGGACUACAUACCAGCAGCAGGUGCAGAGCCAGUCGCCCGCCCACAGGAAAUGCUGCUGCCCGAUCCAUCAAGAUCAGAGGUCUUCUCAGGCCUCACGUUUGUUUUUCUGGAUCAAGGCCAGUACAGUAGCUUGCUUGAGUUUGUCACUGGUGGAGGUGGCAAGGCGUUGCUAUAUGACGUCCGGCCAGGCGAAACAACAGUGGACGAAUAUGUCGACUACGUGCAUAGCGUCGCGGGCAAGAAACGACGUGGCAAGCCUGGCGACAAGCUUCCCGUUAUAACAGUGCGGUUGCCAGCUUACCCUGAAGCAAUGGAAGAAUGGGCUGCUAGCUUUGUGACUGGAGUUGAUCGAACACUGGGUCAACGCUCCAUCUUGCAGAACGAGUUUCUUGAUGUGAUUAUCACAAAAGACCGAGCACCACUUCAACGACCACCUGCAGAAGUUAUUGAGGUGCCAUCAACUGCAUCUGCACCAGACUCUGCUGUAACUCGACAUUCUGUGCGUGCACGAACUCCCACGUCUGGGUCUGCAACACCUUUGCGAGUCGCAGAAGAGAGUACGACGCCAGCAGAAGAACCUGCAAAGACGAACCCACGGAAACGAAUGCAGCGACCCAAGACUAGCCGCUUCACUGGUUUUGACGAUGACGAACCGAUCCCGAAGAAGAAGGUCAAGGUCGAGAAUGCUCAAGCGGAAAAUGUGCAGCAGGCUACUCACAUGGCACCAAUAAUGAUAGCGUCCCAGUCCACUCCCCAAUCACACGUCCAAGAUAGUGUUGAAAAGGAGGAACAAAUGGACGCCCUAUUCCCGACUGCGGCAAAGAUGAGAAAGCAACGAGCAGCCACUCGGGCUCUGUCGGCCUCUGUCGAGCCCGGAGGCGGACCGGUGCAAAAGUCAAACACCAAAGGCGUAGAUGCACUGGCGCGACUAAACAAAAUCAAGGCCCGGGCGGAGAAAGACAUCAACAUCCGUGAACACACGCGGCAGCGGAUCAAAGAAGAGGAGGAUCGGCGCAAAGCGGAUGAGGAGAACCUGCGGGAGGCGCUCCAAGGCAUCGACAUCUCCGAGCUCAAGAACUUGGCACAAGUCGAGGAAAUGGACAUCUUACCCCGACGGAACAGAGACACGGCGCGGAACCACGGCAGAGUCAACAGCGAGCGCUGGAAUCCCGAGUGGAACGGUCGGAAGAAUUUCAAAAAGUUCCGUCGUCGCGGAGCCGAGCACGGCGUUCAAGCACACAAGGUCAUUGUGACGCUGGAAGAGGCACCGCCGAAGAAGGGUUUUGGCAUUGGCGACGCCUUCUUCCUCGAAGACGUCGAGCCCUCGUCGCGGUCGCUCGAGAGCCGCCGAGACCGCCAUGACCGUCGUCGGGCAGACGCCUCGGACUCCGAACCGGAGGUCGGCGGCUUCGAUCGCCGGAAGCACGCAUCGCAGUCUCAGCCUCGGCACGAGAUUAUCAAUGUCGAGGACAGCGGGCCCGACGACGAGGAAGUGCCUGGAGAGCGCACGCAGCGGAGUAGCGGGAGGACCCAGCGCAUUGCCGAGACGCAGCUUGAAGCGACGCAGACGCAGAGGGGCAGGAAGAGGGGAUCGGGAGUGGCGAGCGGACCGCCUGCCAAGAAAGGGAGGUUUGGGCGGAGGGAUGAGGAGAGCGAUGAUGAGGAGACUGGGUUCAGGUUCAAGCGGAGGACGUAA